AUGACAAACGAAAAACUGCGGAUAAUCAUCGUUGGCGGCGGAAUCGCCGGCCUAACCUCGGCAAUCGCUCUCCGCGCUCCAAAUAGACAUAUCAUAGUCUUGGAGCAGUCACGCUUGAAUAGAGAAAUCGGGGCUUUGAUUUCGCUUCAGCCAAAUGCCUCCAAAAUUAUGCAGACGACAUGGGGGCUCGACGCGGAGAUGGAAGAGGCACGGGGAAUGGUGGACGAGGGACUCCGUGUUUACGAUACGGAUGGAUCCCUUGUGAAUGAGAUUCCACUCCUAUCUAAGACCGAAUACGGCGGGAGUCGUAUUAUUUAUCAUCGGAAUGACUUGCAUGAGGCUUUAAAAUCGGCAGCUACAUGUAGCCAUAAAAACGGAGAGCCGGUGACUAUCCGGGUCUCGUCCAGAGUUGUCGGCUGCGAUUCUGGUGAAGGGAAGGUGACACUUGAGAACGGCGAGGUAUUAACGGCUGAUGUUAUCAUUGGUGCGGAUGGAAUACAUAGCGUUUUGCGGAAAUCUGUACUCGAGGAUGAGCCUGCUGCCAUGCCCACAGGUACCUCUGCUUACCGUCUGAUGAUACCCUCGGAAGUUCUUGAAGAGCAAGAGCCCCAGUUCUGUAGCAAAAUUAAUCCCAGGGAUCCAUAUACAUCCAUGAUUAUAGGACACAGUUGCCGACUUGUCAUGGGCCCGGGCAGGAGAGGUGACAUGUAUGGUGUUGUGGCAAUGGUCCCCGAUGAAAGGAUGAACGAGGACCCCAGUCUACGACAAUCAUGGGUAUCUGAAGGGAGCAUGGCAAAGCUCCUUGAUACCUUUGCGGAGUUUCCUAGUUGGCUAACUAACAUAUUCAAACACUCCCCGGACCUCGGUUUGUGGCAAUUGCGUGACAUGGAUCCAUUGAGCACUUGGCAUCGCGGUCGCGUCUUUUUGAUUGGCGAUGCUGCGCACCCUAUGCUGCCAACGCAGGGCCAGGGUGCAAGUCAGUCCAUUGGAGAUGCGGAAGCGUUGGGGGCGUUUUUUGUGGACAUUGAAAAAAGCCCAUCUUUGGAGCAACUGGAUGGGGUUUUCCAGAAAAUAUUCCGGUCUUGUUAUGAAAGGGUUAGUCUGAUUCAAGGCUACAGCCGACAAGCCGCGAAACCUGGGACUGUUAAGGAGCAGAAGACCGUUACAAUGAAACCUGACGAGUUCAUGGAUUAUAAUUGCAUGUACCGCGGCGCAAAGAAAUGGUUACAAGCGAUGUCUUCGGUUUGA